CUUUGCAAGAUGGAGGAGAGAGGAAAGACGCAUACGUCAAACAUUCAAUCAUUUCCUGUAUUUUGAUCCUGUCCCUCUCCUCUAAUCUAGGGGUGUGAUUUUUCUCUCUAGGAAGCACACCCCUCACACAGCCAUGGCUGCAAUAUCAGAGACGGUGUAUGGAACUAUUGAGGAGGGACAUGUUAUGUCAGAGAAGGUAUCGUCUCUCGCAACCAACGUUUACAAAGAAUUCGAACGUAUGAUCAAGAAAUAUGACGAGGAUGUUGUGAAGGAACUUAUGCCAUUGACUGUUGCUCUUCUUGAAGGAUUAGACCAAGCACUUAACGACAAACAGGAGAGUGAAGUUGAGUUAGAACUGCUAAGAGAUGACAAUGAACAGCUGCUUACUCAAUAUGAGCGAGAAAAACAGCUCAGGAAAGCUGCUGAGCAGAAAUACCUUGAGAUGGAGGAUGGUGUCGAGGGCCAAAAGAAGGAGCAUGAGGAAAAAGUGGAAAGCAUGGAGUCCAUAAUCCGCAUGCUGGAACUCAAGUCCAAGAAUGCAACAGACCAUGUUGCAAGAAUGGAAGAAAAGGAUAGUGAAUGGAAGAAAGAAUACACAAAACUCCAUGAGCGAUACACGGAGCUGUUCCGUACUCAUAUGGACCAGAUGGAGAGGACAAAGAUCCUGAUGGGUACAGAUAAACUGGAGUUAUCCAACAGUCCUCGUAACAAAGGCUUUCAACUCCCAAAUCUUCGGCCAGUUAGCAUGGUCAUCACUGGUCAGAACUUGACUCCGCUGAGGUCAAGUGGCACCCCUCCCAGUCUGAACAGCUUGGACAUCAUGUCCCCACGUACCCCGGCCGACUCCAAUAUCAGUCUGAAGAGCGAGCUUGGAGAUCUCGACUCGCCUGACGUCACUGAUAAACGACGCUCGGGCAAGAAAGUCGGCACGUGUGACAAAGAACAGCUCACAGAUAACAUAAUGGUGAAAGAGUUUGGUACUACGCCAAAAGAUGGCGUACAACCCAACACGUCCGAAACUCCCACAAGUGUUCAAACAAAUGGUGUUACAGACAGUGUUAGUAAAAGUGAUAAAGACAAUUCUAGUCAGGAUAUUGAGAGGCAGGAGUCUCAUAAUACGGGGGCUGGAGAAGCCGAACCAAAGCAUACCGAUCCUCCACAUCAUAUAGACAGGGCCGAGAACUCGCAGCCAAGCCAUUCUGUAGAAACAUUAGCUCAUACCAAAGCAUUAGAGACAUCUUCAUCUGACACAACAGCAUCUUCCGUCAUACUUCCACAAGGGAAAGAUAACUCUGUGAUAAAUUCAACCCCCGAAAAGACGGAUCCACAUAUAGCCACGUCCACACCACAAAGUGGUACAGAGAAGGAAAGAAUCAGGUUUGAUAGCAUAGAUCACGAGGAGGCGGAGUUUGAGGAGGAUAGAAUCCCUGGUCUGGAUGCAACCAUUGCUCAUAUAGUGGCCACAACACCAGAACUACAAGAACUGGAAGAGUCCAUGGAGAGUCAGACCCCUGACAGUGCUGUGAGACCAUCUCUCAGCCGGAGAAACAACGAUUCCAUCUUUGACGAGUUGAACGUCCAGGAUGUGGAGUUAGGAGACGACUUUGGUAUAACCGGGAGAGAAGUCACUCCCGGGGACUAUUCAUCUUCAGUUAGUGAUAAUUUCUUUGGAAUGGGAAAAGAGCUCGAAAACCUCAUUUUGGAGAACACCGAACUUCUGGAGACGAAAAAUGCCUUGAAUAUCGUCAAAGAUGACCUCAUUGCUAAAGUUGAUGAAUUAUCCAGUGAACAGGAGAUUCUGCGUGAGGAAAUCACAUCCCUCCAAGCGGUAAAGACGAAGCUUCAGGGUCGCAUUAAGGACCUGGAGGAUGAUCUCAAGAAAACCAAAGAGGAGUUGGAGAAGAAAACAUCUGGAAACAAAGAUGAGGAGGAGGAUGAUGUACCAAUGGCGCAGAGGAAGAGGUUCACACGUGUCGAGAUGGCUCGUGUUCUCAUGGAACGGAAUCAGUAUAAAGAGAGACUAAUGGAGCUCCAGGAGGCAGUCCGGUGGACGGAGAUGAUCCGGGCCUCACGGGAACACCCUGAAGCCAACACCACACCCAGCAAACAGAAGAAGUCGUCCAUCUGGAACUUGUCCGAAUUCUCUAAGAAAGUGUCCAGGCUUAUUAUGCCCAGCAGAUGGCUUGAUGUAACAGGUCUUUUCAUUGGCUGGCUGAUAUGCCAUGUGACCACACUCUUCAGGCUAAUUCAAAGAUGUUUCAGCAAUUUAUUCAGUUCUCCGAACAAACCAACCAAAAGGCCGUUACCAAUGGCAACAAUUAAGUACAAUGCGCCCACUACCCAGGUACAACCUGUCGGGGACCCGAACAAACGGACGAGGAGCAAGCUAAACCUGGGCGAAAAAGCCAAGGCCUAUGACUUUCUCCAGGAUGACCUGGGUGCGAAGACCAGCGAGGGUGUCGAUGAGCACGGGUCCAGUAAAAUUGAGGAUAUCCUCGACGAACCUGUCUUGUCCCAGCCAAAGAUGUCAGAGAAAGCCAAGAAGGAGCGCGAGAAGGAACGCCGCGAACAAUACAAACAGGUGCGUGCCCACGUCAAGAAGGAUGAUGGCCGACUACAGGCUUACGGAUGGAGUUUGCCUGCUAAAUUCCAGCCUUCACUGCCAAACAGAGAGACGCCCUCGAAAAGUCAUGUCCCUGUGCCUGUACCAGUGUACUGUAGACCACUGUUUGACAAGGAAUCCGGUCUGAAGAUCUGGUGUGCAGUAGGGGUAAACCUGACCGGAGGUCGGACCAGAGAUGGUGGCUCUGUGGUAGGGGCUAGUGUGUUUUACUCCAACCUCAGCGGGUCCAACGUGAACGAGGCCGAUAAAAGUUCUAAAAAGGACAGCUCGAAGGAUGAAGUGGAACGUCUCAACCAGGAGCUGAAGGAUCACGAGAAAAACCUGAAGGAUACUGAGAAGGAGCAAUUGUCCUCCUUCGUAUGGAUAUGUACUCAGACCUCGACCUGUAGUCGAGUGUCGGUGAUUGAUGCUAACAAUCCUGGGGACAUCCUAGAGACAUUCCGAGUGUCAACUUCGCCAAUCCUCUGUAUAGCCAGUGUGCCGGGUGCCCUAGAAUCAGACUACACUGUAGACGAGGAAAUCUUGAAGGCAGAGUCCUAUCCCCAGUACAAACCUCCUCCUGAACCAGACAGUCUGGCCACGUCUGUGACGGACAGUGGCAUCGGUGGCAUCACCUUGGUCCAGUGUGCCACAGGAGGCGCAACUGGCUCCCCAAACACGUCACCAGUAGGCUCGCCGCACAAGUCUGAUGGAGAGAGCCUGUCUGCUGCGGCCAACAACCUCUCCAGCAGUGAGGAAAAACUAGACACCAGCGUGGAGCACAAAGACAAAGCCGACACAGAAAGUCUCGUCUCCGAACGUAGCUACGAAGCUGCAUUUGGAAAUGAUGAUGCGCCAGCAUCAGUAUUUAAGGCGCGGGGUUCUCCCGUAUCCUCGGGUACUGCCACGCCCACUUCCACCUCGUCGUCCCGCUCUCUGGACCGACGGGCGCUACAGGAACAAGCCGACCUUGUCCGUGACGGCAUCAGUCCUCUCCCUCUAGAUAGCGAUCUUCAGUACGAGGAGACGGAAAAGAUGAGCAGUGUUUUGCCGACUAUGUGGUUAGGCUCACAAAGUGGCAGUUUGUAUGUACAUUCCUCGGUGGCUCAGUGGAGAAGGUGUCUUCACUCCGUCAAACUCAGGGACUCCGUUCUUAACAUUGUACAUCUGAAAGGACGAGUGUUAGCAGCCUUGGCUGACGGCACUGUAGCAAUUUUCCAUAGAGACACAGAAGGCCAGUGGGACCUACAGAACUACCACCUACUUGACCUGGGGCGACCUCAUCACUCGAUCCGCUGUAUGACUGUGAUAGCAAAUAAACAUGUCUGGUGCGGCUACCGGAACAAGAUCCAUGUUGUCGACCCAGAAAAAAUGAACAUUGAGAAAACAUUUGAUGCACAUCCUCGUAAGGAGAGUCAAGUACGACAGGUGGCCUGGCUAGGAGACGGAGUGUGGGUGUCUAUCAGGUUAGAUAGUACUCUACGACUGUACCACGCCUACACUCACGUACACCUACAGGACGUGGACAUAGAGCCGUACGUCAGUAAAAUGUUAGGUACGGGUAAACUGGGCUUUUCCUUCGUCCGGAUCACAGCCAUGUUGAUAUCCUGUAACCGCCUGUGGAUAGGCACCGGUAAUGGCGUCGUCAUCUCUGUGCCUUUGUCAGAAAGUAACAAGCAGACAGUGACGACGGCGUCCAGUGGAGGUCGUCCUGGCGGUAUUAUCCGGGUGUACAGCGACAAUAAGUCGGACAAUGUAACGCCCGGCAGCUUCAUUCCCUAUUGUUCUAUGGCCCAAGCCCAGUUGUCUUUCCAUGGCCACCGUGAUGCAGUCAAGUUCUUUGCAGCAGUUCCUGCAUCAAAUCCUGCCGUAUAUUUAACGUCCCCAGGUGCUGCGAGGAGAGGGAUGAGUGCGGUGUCUGACAUCGAGGAGACGACCAACCGACACGAGGCUGUGCCAGCCACAGAUACCAACACCAAGCUUGUCCUCUCAGGCGGGGAAGGCUACGUCGACUUCAGAAUAGGUGACGGUGAUGAUGAGGAGUUUGUUGACGAGGAAAAGAAGGUCUCACUCAGUAAAGGAGAUAGAAGCCAUCUUAUUGUGUGGGAAGUAACAAGUACAGAAUGAUGUCAUCAGUAGCCAUGGCAACAAUGAUGUCAUCAAAAGCCAUGACAACAAUGAUUUCAUCAAUAUCAAUGAGAGCAGUGAUGUCACAGAUAUCCAUAACAUCAGUGAUAAGAACAGUUUCCAUGGCAACAGCGAUGUUAACAAUCUCCAUGGCAACAGUGUUGUCAUCAGUCUCCUGCGAGUCGGACUUUAGUCGUCACUACAGCACACCAUUGUCAUUAGUCUCCGUGGAAACAGAGGUUAUUUAAAUACUUGCAAUUAUGACAUUGUCUUGUCCAAUCAGGAAUGUCUUCAGCCAUAAAUGACACCAGUGAAAGAAGUUGAGGACCAGUCAUCUAACGAUGUGACCAGUUGUCUGUUUAACAUUUAGACUGGUGGUUUGGUGUGUAACAACAUAGUGGUUACUGGUGAAGAUGACUUUAUUAAAACUUGUGACAUUACAAUAGAUUUCUCAUCAUCCUAUUCUAAUAGGACUGCUAAUGUGGUCAUAACGGCCAUAUAGUGUAGGAAUGGAAACUAGCAAUAUAACUGGGCAUUUGAUGACAGGCCACUGACCGGAAUUAGUCGUAAAUUUGAGUGUGCAUGGGUCAAGGCUAUUUCAUUAGUGUUCAUUCCAAAUACUGUGUCUGAUCUUACAUCCCUAGAUGUAAUAUUACCUUUACAAAACACCUUAUCUUACAUGUAGUAAGUGUCAUAGUAACAAUGUUACUUAUCUUAGUAACAGUGACAUCGUAACAAUGUUACUUAUCUUAGUAACAGUGACAUAGUAACAAUGUUACUUAUCUUAGUAACAGUGACAUAGUAACAAUGUUACUUAUAUUAGUAACAGUGACAUAGUAACAAUGUUACUAGUGGUGAAAAUGUUUCUAUGAAUUAUUUAUUACCAACAGUAUGCAAGUAAAUAAUUAACUCUCUUUAUUUUCGUUUAAAUGUUACAUCCUACUUUAAUAACACAAAGUUCCUCUAGGCGAUUUCUCAAUGUUUCAACAUCAAGUGGACUCUGUAUAGUAUAUCUAAUUAAAGUGUUCUAGAGUUUGAGGAGGGAUAGUUUAUUUUUUGAAACAACUGCCAUAUAUACCAGCUUAUGUUGUUCAGCCACAUGAUAUACAUUCAUCAUUUUACUGCAAAGUCACCAAGUUGUUGAAUUAUCACACAAAUCACCAAAUCACUUGGCUAUGGUGUCUAGAAGAUGGCCAUCAAAGUGUGUCCUCGAGCUCCCUGAUUUGUGUAAUUCCUAAAAUACACCAAAUUGCUUUUAAGAACGAUGGUGGCUAAGUAUGUAUCAUUGCUGGUUGGAGACGCGGUAGAGGUCGCUAUUAACCCACAGUAAUUACUGGUCAAUCAUUGGAGCUCUGUUGUCCUCCGCCCUCUGUCAUCCUCCGCCGACACUAGGACACUCUCAAUGUGAUUUUACAAGGCUGCUCAGGGGCUGAAAAUAUCUAGAAGCUGAUUGGCUCUUCUUGGCUAGUAGCUAAUCGACUGUACUGAUUAAGCCAGUAGCUGUAUAGGUAAAAUGACUAAGCUAGCAGCUGAUUGGCUAAACACAUAAAGCUAGUAGCUAACCGGCUAAAUAGACUAAGCUGGUAGCUGACCUGGCUAAACAGACUAAGCUGGUAGCUGACCUGCUAAACAGACUAAGCUGGUAGCUGACCUGCUAAACAGACUAAGCUAGUAGCUGACCUGCUAAACAGACUAAGCUAGUAGCUGACUAGCUAAACAGACUAAGCUAGUAGCUGAUUGGCUGUACAGAUCUAAGAUAGUAGCUGAUUGGUGAUUGGCUAAAUGGAAUUGGUUGUACUGCCUUAGCUAAUGACAUAUCAAACUAGCUAAUAGCAAUAAGCAAACUGAGUAUACAAGCUGUAUAGAUUUAGCUCUUUGUGGUUAAUAUUUUCAUUAUGGAUAUUAAAUGUAAAAUGUGCAAUAAAGAUGUUUUCUUUCCUGUUAUCACAGAACUACAACAA